AUGUUGCGACGGCCUCCUGCCGAAGGACGGCUUGUCGCUGAACCGCGCAAGGCCAAAGUCUUCCUCGUGCUCGCCGUCAUUCUACUCUCGUGGCUCUCGAUCGCCGAAGCUCAGCAGCAGCAGCAAUCCCCGAAACAUGAGCAACUACCAGUAAUCGCCGAUACAUUGCGUGAUGGUGGAAAGUCGACGGAAUAUCACCAACGACAUGACGAGAACGAACGAGAGAAGCAACGGCUUAUGGGUGACCCCGCCAAUGCACACCUAGCGUACGAAAGUCAUGACUCCAGCCGGCUUGCUUCUUCCAACUUCCAAGAGUCGCCUCUCCGAGCAGUCUCUCCUGGCCUGGUUGAUGGGAAGCAUGCUGUCACAACAUCUUAUUCGAGCAAGAAUACCAACAGGCAGGCGAGGUCUUUAGACCGCCAGUUCCCUGAUCCUCACGAUGCGAGCGCCCUCGCGACUGUGGCUCCGGAUUAUCCCGUUCGAGCCGCCAAAUCUCCACGACAACCAUCCAGCAUUCUCACUGGUGCUGGACUGUCCUCGCCGCAGUCUGCGCGGAGUCUGGAGAGAUGGGAAGUGGAAGACUAUGUUCUUCUGGCGACCGUCGAUGGACAUCUCCGUGCCGUCAGCAAAGAGUCUGGCGAAGAACGAUGGCACCUUGUGGCCGAGGAGCCAGCUGUCGAGACUAUCCAUCAUCGGCCAAACGACUCCUUUCCAGGAGAACACGAUCGGCUUCCGCAUGACGACUACGUAUGGGCCAUUGAGCCCUCGCACACCGGCCCGGUGUACGUUUGGAUGUCUUCGGCCCAUGGCUCUGGCUUGAUGAGUGCCGGGUUUUCAAUGAAGCAACUGGUUGAUGAAUUCAGCCCUUACGCAGUUCAGGAUCCACCUGUGGUAUAUACAGGUGACAAAAAGACCACCAUGUAUAUCCUGAACGCGGCCAAGGGCCAAGUGCUCCGAUGGUACGGGCAAGGUGAGGGACAGGUUGCUCCUGUUGCAACGUGUUUCCAACCGACUGGAAUCGUCGACGCGGACAUGGAAGAAUGUGCAGGGACGAUUGCGCUGAGCCGUACCGAGUAUACAGCAAAUAUCCAUCAUCAGGAUGAUGGCAGGCUUAUUGCUACUCUCCGCUAUCGUGAAUGGGGACCAAAUGCUUACGACAACGACCUUCACCGGCAGUAUAGCAGCACACGAGACAAUCGAUAUCUCACAAGUCGGCACGACGGCCGGUUGUAUGCCCUUGACGAUAGUGCCGAUAUGCAGUCUAUCUCAGUCUCAUUCCCUGCGCCGGUCGCACGAGUCUUUGAUGUGGCACGACCACAGGAUGUCCCACGCGGUGGUAACCCAGAACUUGUGCUUCUCCCCCAGCCGCCGCCUCCCAUCUCGGAGGGAGAUUCUGCCAGGGCUCGUGGAUCCAGCAUUUACCUGAAUAAGACAGAGACUGGAAGUUGGUUCGCUUUGUCUGGUACUCUUUAUCCACUAGUAGUGGACGCCCCACGUGCCAAGGCGAGCUCCAAAAAUGGAAUGGAUUUCGACGAUGAAAACAUCAUUCCUGAUGAUGUACUCAUAGGAACUCACUCACUUGGCGGCUUGAGAGGGGCGGAGUGGGCUCAAGGCAAAUCGCAAUGGCCUAGCCUCCCUGCACUGCCCGAAUCGGAAGCAGAACAACCCAUUUUGUUGGACAAUGCGUCAGUUGUACCCAUCCGCAACGAUAAAUCAGACGCAGCUUCCAUGAUCAAAUCUGUACCAAAGUACGUCGCCAAUAGCGUGGUGCAGCUGAUCAAAAACCCCAUCUUGUACCUCAUCGUUGCAUCAGUGGUGGCUACCUGGUACAAGACCCGUUCGACAAUAUCUCUGCGAGAACAUAGUUACGACAAGCCCGAUGUGGCUGAGAUUCAAUCCGUUGAGAAGCUCAGGAUCGAGAGUGACGAGUCACCUGCUGAACCAACUCUACCGCCUCCAGUCCUACCAGCCACGGAAACUUCCACGGAUGAAGUACUCAACACAAAUGUUCUGGAAGUCAUCCCAGAGGCAGACAAGGCCACCUCUACGGAUGUGCAAGAACCAGGGCAAGCUCAAGACUCAACAGCAGCUGAAGCACAAAUCGCGGUACAACGGACGACUGAGUCCCCAGAGAAGAAGAAGGCCCAUCGAGGGAGGAGAGGUGGUGUCAAACACAAGAAAAAAAUCCAUCGGGACGCAUCUGUGAACCAGGACACGAAGCGUGUAACUCUGGACCCUGUCGCGCAGAUUGAUCAAAUGGUUGAAGCACAAGAACCCCAACUGAACCCCAACAUCAAGUCCAUUGGCAAAGCCGAUGAUAUUGGCGUCGGUGGAUUCGAAAUCAAUGGGCUAAAGGUCGACUUGGACGAGCAGCUCGGAAUGGGCAGCAAUGGUACCGUCGUUUUCCCUGGAACCUUCCAUGGACGCGAAAUCGCUGUCAAACGCAUGCUGCACGAAUUCAACGAUCUGGCUACACGAGAGACUAAGCUGCUGCUAGAGAGCGAUAAUCAUCCCAAUGUCAUACAAUACUAUGCUAUUCAUCGCGACAAGACCUUCUUGUACAUUGCCCUGGAACGAUGCCAAGCUUCGCUAGCUGACAUUAUCGACAAACCGCACGUCUUCAAGGAGCUGGCACACGCAGGAGAACGUGACAUUCCCAAUGUGCUCCUACAGAUUGCCAAUGGAGUCAGCCAUCUGCACGGCCUACGGAUUGUGCAUCGUGAUCUCAAGCCGCAGAAUAUACUGGUCACAGUGACUAAAGACGGUAGACCUCGACUUGUAGUAUCUGACUUUGGCUUGUGUAAGAAACUGGACGGUGCACAAUCGUCAUUUGGUCACACUGCAACGCGGCCAGCAGGUACAUCGGGCUGGCGUGCUCCAGAGUUGUUGGCCGAAGAGGAUGCACGUGAAAACCCCAAUUCUAUGGCGAGCAUGCACAGCGACUCGAGCACCCUCGUUGGGGCUGAGAAUGCCCCCAACCGGCGUGCCACACGGGCCAUUGAUAUUUUCAGUCUUGGGCUUGUUUUCUUCUACGUGCUUACCAAGGGAAGUCAUCCCUUCGAUUGUGGGGAUAGGUAUAUGCGUGAAGUCAACAUCCGCAAAGGACACAUCAACUUGCAAGCACUGGAAGUUCUCGGUGAUUUUGCCUUUGAGGCAGAAGACCUGAUACGUGCCAUGCUCAGCACCGAUCCACGCGCGCGACCGAACACUCGUAGUGUCAUGGCGCACCCGUUCUUUUGGGAUUCGAAGAAGCGCCUUGCUUUCCUGUGCGAUGUUUCUGACCAUUUCGAAAAGGAACAGCGCGAUCCUCCAUCAGACGCUCUCAUUAGACUAGAGCAGUUCGCCCCUCGUGUUUGCAGAGGUGACUUCCUCAAAGUACUGCCCAAAGACUUUGUCGAGAGCCUGGGGAAGCAGCGCAAGUAUACAGGUACACGCCUGCUUGACUUACUGCGCGCACUGAGAAACAAGUGGAACCACCGGGAGGAUCUGAGUGAUGCAUUGAAAAAAUCGGUAGGGACUAGCCACGAAGACUACCUUGGCUACUGGACUCGACGAUUUCCAAACUUGCUGGUCAUCUGUUGCGAGGUUAUCUGGAGCUUGGACCUGCGGGACGCUGUACGCUUCAGAGAAUACUUUGAGCCCAUGAAGCCGUAA